UCCUCUGCUCACCUGUGACUCCUGCAGAUCAUGGACUACCAGCAACAAGUGAAACGCAACACCAGGGGUAAAGGCAACCUUCGUCUGAGGCUGGUGAACUUUGAACAUAAAGAAAACCACAUUUCACAUGAGACCCAGGGGCUAAGUGAAAACCACCUGGUGGUACGACGUGGAAAACCCUUUAAACUGACUCUGAUGUUUGGCGGGGGGACCUGGAACCCUCGCACUGCAAGGCUGCUACUGCUGGUUCGAUUAGGGAAUCUGGCACAGGAGAUCCCAGUUUUUUUCUCAGAGGAAUGUUCAGACCUCCAGAGAUGGUCGGCCGCAGUUCAUCCAGGAGAAAGCCGCUCUCAGUCCGUCACCGUCAACAUCUGCUCGCCAGUUCUGUCCUCGGUGGGUGUCUAUCAGCUCGUGGUCCAAAUAGAGACAAUGCAGAACAAACAGACAUACGCAGUGGGAACCUUUAUCCUGCUCUGUAACCCUUGGCAUCAAGAUGAUCCGGUAUACAUGCCAGUGAAAGAGCAGAUAGAGGAGUAUGUCAAGAGCGAUUAUGGGUGGGUGUAUUUUGGCUCCUCAGCAAAUGUUCAGAGUCGGCCCUGGUUAUUUGGUCAGUAUGAGUCUGGAGUCCUGGAGGCAUGUCUGACACUACUGCAAGUCAGCCCACAGCACCAACGUGACAGCAACAAGGACUACAUCUUACGAACAGACCCUGUUUACCUCUCGUUGGUCAUCUGUGCCAUGAUCAACUCCAAAGAUGAUCAGGGAAUUCUGCUUGGAAAGUGGGACAAUGACUACAGUGAUGGUGUCAAGCCAACUGAUUGGACCGGCAGUGCUGAUAUCCUCCAGCAAUGGCUUUCAUCCAAAUUCAAACCUGUGCGCUACGGGCAGUGCUGGGUCUUUGCAUCAGUCCUCUGCACAGUUAUGAGAGUUCUUGGGAUUCCCUCCAGGGUGGUGACAGUUUUCGAUGCAGCCCAUGACACUAAUGCCAACACCACCAUUGAGGAAUACUACACAACCACUGGGGAGAAACUUGGCUGGUCUAGGGACAGCAUUUGGAACUUCCAUGUCUGGGUGGAGUGCUGGAUGAGGAGAUCAGACCUCAGUCCAGGGUUCGAUGGUUGGCAGGUGGUGGAUCCAACACCCCAAGAGCUGAGUAGAGGGGUUUACCGCUGCGGCCCCUGCCCGGUUGCUGCCAUCCGGGAACGCUGCCUCCUAGUGCCAUAUGACACUCCCUUCCUCUACGCCUCUGUCGAUGGGGACGUGCAUCGUGUGAUUGUGGAUAAUGGACAUGUGGUUGGAGAAACAUUGGACUCUAAGGCCGUGGGACGGCUUAUAUGCACGAAAAGCGUAGGAUCGAGCUGUCUAAGCAAUCUGACACAUUCUUAUAAGGGCUUGAAAAAAGUGUAUAGGCAUGAUCUACGAGACAAAAUGGAAUGCAGGACUUCCUCCCAGUUUUCUUCAGAUGUUCAUGUUGUAUCGUCGUCGCCCCAAAUCACUGAAUGUGGCCUUACUGCAGAACCCAGGUUGACUUGCUCUGCCUUUGCUGCAGACGAUCAUAGAGGAACGUCCCCCGAUCUGGAAGUGUCCCUAACCAUAGAGGGGUCCCCUGUGUUUGGAAAGAACAUCUCCUUCUGUGUGAAAGUCACAAACAGGUCAAGCCAGAUGAGAACCCUGAGGGAAAAUUUCAGCACUCAGCUAAAAGAGUACAACAGAAACCCACAGCAUAGCUUCUGGACAGCCCACAAAGAAAUUUCCAUACAACCUUAUAAAGAUCUGACACUCUACCACACCCUCCACUACUCUGACUACGAGUCCACCUUGGCAGCUGAUAGUGUUGUGAAUGCAGCGGUGGUGUUGCAGGACCCAAGGACCAAUGAAAGCAUCCUGUCUGCACAGGAAUUCAGCAUGAGCUGCGUGCCGAUAGAAAUGGAGAUUGCAGGUGGAGACUGUGUGGAAAUGAAUAAAGAGCAGACAGCGCAUGUGACCUUCACCAACCAGCUUGAUAAAGUGCUGAGUGGAGCUGUGCUGAGUGUGGAGGGAUCCGGUUUGUUGCAGCAAAAACAGGAGACCAGGGCGUGUCUCCUUCAGCCAGGCGAGAAGAUAGAAAAUAAAGUGUCCAUCAAGGCCACUUCUCAUGGCACUAAACUGCUGGUGGCUACUCUGUCACACAGCAACAACUCCAUCACUGUUUCCAGGAGCUACCUCAGAAUUUCUGUAAAGGCUGCAUGAUGCUGAAUCAUGACAGUAAACAAAGAACCAUUUUAAUCAUGUGAUUUCUGUUUUCCUAUGGUAAACAUACGAUGAAAUGCAGUUGUAUUAAUUGUUUACAUUUAUAUUUAAAACUAGUAUUUCUGUUGCUCUUUU